AUGUCAGGGUAUAUUCUAUCCGAGUCCCUAACCCUACCCGAAUUGAACCACCCGGCACCCAAUCUCCUUGUCGGGUGUGCUUCCGAGUCGGAGGGAUAUCCGCAAGGUGUAGGGCUCGCCGGGUUCUGGCGUGUCCCUUCAUCACUCGUGUCCCAACUCAAAAUCACGAAAUUCUUCCACUGCAUUGUCUCGAAGUUAUACGAAGGCCACCACAAUGUGACCAACGCGACGUGGGAAAACUCGGAUUGCUUUGUCAACGUAGCGAACAUUGUGGUCGGGGGAGUCGAGGUAGAGGUCCCACAGGAGUAUCUGACCGUAGAUGAGGCUGGAAACGGAGGAUUGAUGGUGGAGGCUGGCAACAGGAUCUCGGUCAUGGACAUACACGUACAACAGGGCUACGGAGAUGGAGGACUGGUCUUCAUGCCAGCCGUGUUAUUAUGUUGA